AUGAAUUCGCAAACGUGUGAAAUGUUUUUGGACGCUGUGAUCCUAGCGAUAGAUGCCGGGUCUGCCGUCUCUAAAGGGCUGUUUUGCGGUCUACGUGAGCUUGAUAUAGCAAUAACAUUAUACCGCUUCUUAAAGUUUUGGAUGCAAAUACAUGUUGAAGACAAAGCAAUGUCUCAUAAAACCCCUAUGAUGUAG